UAAUUUUUUCGUUUUACGUUUGCUUUUAUUCGAGAUAAUAUGUUAUGGUUUAGGUGGAGUUUAAUUGGUCAAUCUAGAGUCGGUCUAGAGUCCACCGACAAAACUAGAGUGUUUGACAAGCCACAUAUCCUAGUUUCAUGACAGUGGCGCAAUUUAUUCUCCAAAUGGGAUGUCUGAGCAGUUCUUGCGUUUUCGUAGUUUCAUCCCAUCGCUUGCUAUUCGGAAGGUUGAUCGAUUUGGUUUUAAUCUAGAUGAUCAGAUUUGGGAGGACGCGAAUGAAGUCGCCGAAAAUUUCAACCAUCGGCAGUCUUUGUGCAUAUCCACUGCAUUUUAUCUUGGGAAGCUUGGAGCCUCAUGAAGAUCAACUUCUGUUAUGCAUGUCACAAGUCACAUAAAGGAGCAACAAGAUUGUAGCAUCUCAAGGUCAGUUUGUCGAUUAUUCUCGACACCCUCCUAAAACGCCUCAUAAACCCUGGCUAAACCCCUUCCGUUUGAAGGACCAGUGUCCUACUUCUACGAAUCAUGUCUUCCUUUUACGAACCAUAUGACGGCGGAUUCUGGGAGUGUGGAUCACCAAGUAGAAGAAAAACCUCAUCCGCAGACGGCAUGCCUGGAGGAUCAAAUGUGAGCAACAACAUCAUCCAGAACACUGCCAACUGUGAAACCGCCUCUCGGCCACAAGGCUCACGGCGAAGUGCAGACGGAAGGACUCGACGCUACAUCCAAUCAGGAGCACCUCGUCUGAAGUGGUCUGAAGAUCUUCAUCGCUGCUUCGUCUGGGCAAUUGAGCAGCUUGGUGGCCCUCAAAAAGCCACUCCUAAAGCUAUUUUGCGGGAAAUGAAUAUAUCAGGCCUGAAACUUGCGCAAGUGAAGAGCCACCUUCAGAUGUAUCGAUGUUCAAAAUGUGGAAUGAAGUACGACUCUUCAUCUGGUCUCCGACGAGGCGGCGUGCAUUAUGAUUCAACCUCUGAUCCCGAUCCUAGGGUUUGGAAUUUGGAGCCUAGAGUGCAAGGUUCAUGGAUGAAGGAAGCUGGCCAGCUCAUCAAUUUCAUGAAAAUUAUAAAGAGUCGUACUGCCCUUUCAAAGCAGAACUCCGCAGGGCAUAAUUUCAUAGCAGCGUCCACAUUGGACUCAUUUGGACGUGUCAAUCAUACUAUCAGUUGUGCAUCUUUGUCCUCACCAGACAAGCAACACGAACUGACCAGUGCAGCUGACCCGACACCUGAACUCUCCGAAGAAGUAUACCCAAAUCUUUUUAAGAUUUUGAAGCUUUUGGAGGUCGCGAAGUCAGGAGAAUUUGGGGUGUUGGGAAACGAGGAACUUGGGAGUAGGCAAUCUCCAUCUGAUCUACUUUUAGCAGGUGAUACUGACGUUGCUGGGCAAUGCCAAUCUGCCGAGGAUCUGGCACACGAUUUGUUGAUGGCCAUGAGUGAGGGUGAAUAUCUGAAGACGGGUUCGACAUUCAUCUCUGAGCUUCAUAAGACAACUCACGGUGCAAUUGGUUCAGAGGUGUCCUAUGAGCCUUUGUCUCUCGGACUCGCCACCUCCAGCGUAGAUGUUAGGCCAGAUAGAUCAACCCUGGAUCUUACAGGGCAGUUUAGUAGAUCGCAUUUGUCACUAUCCCAUCCCUUUUGAAAGCGUUAGAUAGUGCCCCACAAUUUCAAAAAAAAAAAAAAAAAUUGAAAAAUUCCAUUCAAAAUUCGAAGUACCCAACCACUUCGUGUUUAUUACAUUGUGCAGAGGGCAUCGAGAGUGUUUUUGUAAAGCAAUAUGAGAGGGACUAUUUGUGCACGAAUUUGUAGAAAUUGAAGAAAUAUGGGAAAGAGUUGAGAGAUUUUGAAUGUGGAAGGGUACGGCUUGACCAUGUAAAUUUUGGUAUGAAUAAAUUGGAUCAGGUCUCUAGUGCA